UUCAGUUUCACAUAAGUGGGAUUUAAUUAAGUCCUUUAGAGAAGUGUUGCUUUCCGCUUCACACUCAGUUUUCCUGGUGAUUGUUGUUCCUGCACACUGAGGAUGAGCUGCUAUGAAAACUUUACGAAAAAGCUCGAGGCGUUAAGAAAUGUCUUGUCGAAGCGCGGAGGAGAGCAGAGGGGAUCGGGGCGGAUCCCUCUGAUGAGGAAGAUGUGCUACGCCGUAGGAGGCGUCCCAUAUCAGGUCACAUCUGCUGCCAUUGGGAUUUCACUGCAGAUUUUCCUGCUGGAUGUCGUACAGAUGAAGGCCUCCUCUGUGUCUUUGAUCCUGUUUCUGAGUCGGGCCUGGGACGCCGUCACUGACCCUCUGGUUGGAUACCUGGUGACCCGCAGUACCUGGACACCCAUCGGCAAACUCACCCCAUGGCUGGUCGUGUCCACUCCAUUUGGCAUCCUGUCCUACGUGCUGCUGUGGUUUGUGCCUGCAGACUCCAUGUCGGAGGCCGCCUGCAUGUUGUGGUUCCUCACAGCGGCCUGUCUGUUCGAGACGCUCAUGAGCUGCUACAACGUCCCCUACGUCUCGCUGAGCAUGUCCCUGGGAGGACAUCAGAGGGACAGAGACUCUGCCACUGCCUACCGAAUGAGCGUGGAGAUGGCGGCGUUGCUGCUGGUGUCAGUGAUUCAGGGAAAAGUCGUGUCCGUGUUCAACGCUGAGAAGCAGGAGGCCUGUGAGCAUCUGGACCAGGUCCACCWGACGCCUCACAGCUCACCCGMGCCGCAGACUGCCUCUCUGCAUGAAACGCAAAAGGCUUUCCUGACCUCAGCCGGGRUCACKGGUGGCUUGUUCCUCCUCAGCAGCCUGGUUCUGUUCUUCGGUGUGAGGGAGCAGUCAGUCCGACACGACGCCGAUGAACGUCCGUCUUACCUGAGCUCCCUGAAGAUGCUCAUGUGCCACGUUCCUUACCAGCGACUCGUGCUCGGCUUUGUUUUCUGUGCUCUUGCUUUUCAGAUGUCUUUGGGAAACUUUGCCUUGUUUUGCAGUCAUGUUGCCGGACUGGGAGCUCAUUUUCAGCUCCUCUUGCUGGUUCUGUUGGUUUCUGCUUCAGUAGCAGUUCCGCUCUGGCAGUUUGUCCUUCUGAAAAUUGGAAAAAAGUCCACAGUUUUCAUUGGCCUUUCACUCUUCAUCCCAGCCGUGAUCACAGUUGCCUGCGUUCCCAGCAGCCUCCCGGUUUUCCUGACCAUGUGCAUCCUGAUGGGAUUCAGCGUGGCGACCGUGUUCCUGCUGCCGUGGUCAAUGCUUCCUGAUGUGAUAGAUGACUUUGCUUUGAGACAUCCCUCAUUUAAAGAGCUGGAGCCUCUGUUUUUCUCCGGUUAUGCUUUCUGCAGUAAGCUAGCAGGAGGCCUAUCUGUGGGACUGUCAACCAUGAUAUUACAGGUUGUAGGUUACAAAGCAGGUGCGUGUAACCAUGGUGAUGAAGUGGUGACAGCUCUGGUUGUGCUGUUUUCUCCAGUUCCCGUCACACUUCUGCUGAUUGGGAUGGGAAUCUUUCACACCUACCCAGUCAAUGAGAGGAAAGGCUUAGAGCUGGAGCAGCAGAACAAUAAAGCCUCUUCAUCACCAGCAGACCAAAGAGAGCUGUCAGAACCAGAACUGCCAACAAACUCUCAGCAGUCGCAUCCUGAUGACCCAAAAUCGGACAGAUUUUACAACCGUGAUCCAUCACCAAGCUGGUUAUCCACCUCCUCAACUGUAGCGGGCAGCCUCCAUGGAAAGAACAGCAGGAAGAUGUCACAAGUAAAUCCUCAGUGGCGAAAACCGAUGAUCCUUCCUGGUCGAUGCUCAGAAGGAAGUGAAAGUUUCCCUGGAAAUGAUGGUGGACGAUCACAUGUCCGAUCCAAGGUGUCCUGGGUGUAAAUGUGGUUCUGAGUAACCAGAUUUGCCUCUUUUUCCUGUAAAAAUCUGUAUGAGCAGCUGAUUAUGUAAGCUUUGUUUAAACUCCAUGUUAUUUCAUUUAAAGGUGGAAUCUGAAGAAGUUAAAACAAUUUCAGAUUCAAUCUUUUCAGAUACAUUUUUGCUCUAUCUGGAAUCUCUCUUUCACAAAAACAAACAAAAUCUUACCAAGUUUUUUUUAUCUAGUUUAGUUCAAAUAUCUUGGCACACUCAAA